CUACGCGUGGCGGGGGCUCCCGCUGGGCUCCCCCCUGGCCGUGCUGCUCAGCUACCCCCUGAGCGUCUAUUACAUCGUCACCCAGCUGGCCCCCCGGCACUUCCCGGAGCUGAACAUCCUGAACAAACAGUCGCUGAAGAUUCACAUCGUGGAGACGGGGAAGGAGUCGGACAUGGCCCCCCUCUUCUGGGAGCUGUCCGUACUGCUGCCCCACGUGUCGCUGGAGCUCCUGUUUCUGGGGGGCGUCCUGCCCCCCGAGGCCGACGGGCAGCAGCUCCUGCUGCAGAGAACGGAGACGCAGGGGGUGCGCGUCUGGUCCGGCCCGGCCCCCAAGGCCAAGGGGGGGCGGGGGGGGCUGCAGCUGAAAUUCUGCGCCCAGCCCACCCCCCUGCUGCAGGGCCCCAAACCCGACCUGGUCAUCGGGUUCAAUUCCGGCUUUGCACUGAAGGACACCUGGCUCAGUGCCCUGCCCCGCCUGCAGGCGCUCCGGGUCCCGGCCUACUUCACGGAGUGCAGCGAGUACAGCUGCGCGGUGGACGAGGCCACGGUCUCCAUGGCGACGGGGGGCAGCACCGGCCCGCCCCACGUCAACCCCUUCCGCUCGCCCUUCCGCCAGGCCGGCGUCGACAACGCCAUGCCCUGGUACUCCAACGCCUUCAUCUUCCACCUGCUGUACAAGGGGGGGGGCGGGGGGGCCCGGCAGCCCCCGGGGCCGGCCCCGCCCCCUGCCCCCAGCCCCGCCCACCCGGAGCCCGGCCCGGCCCGCGCCCGCCGCAAGGAGAAGCGGCAGAACCGUGGCGGCCGCCGCCGCAAAUGAGGGUGGGGGGCGUCGGGGGGGGCUAAUAAACCCGUCCCGGCUAAUGGAGCCUGCGCCUCGUUACUGUCCGACCCGGGGUCCCCCUCCCCCCGCCCUGGGGAUGAGCCGGU